AUGGCUUUAGGUAUUCAUCAGUGGCGUCGAUUUAGAUUUUUUGAUAAAGAAAUAGUCAAACGAAAAGAUGGAAAACCAUUAGAAGAGCUGAAACAUAUACAAGUUAUUGCAUCAACUAGUACAAAUGGUGCUGGUGAUGGUCAAUUAGUAUUUGGUUGUAGUGAUGGUUCAAUAUGUGUUAUCAAUCGUGAUUAUGAGGCAAAUCACAUUCAUAAAUUUGAUAUUUCAUUACAAUUAUUAGCACAUUCUGCAGGAGAUACACUUAUAGCUAUUGGAAUGGAUGAAAAUGAAACAAAACAAACACUUAAACUUUGGAAAACAGAUAAAGCACUUGUAGAAAAAGAAAAUACUGAACCGGCAAAAAUUAUAUCCUUAUUAGCAAAUGAUCAUCCAAAUUCAAAAAUAUGUGCUGUAGCUAUAACUGAUCGUCAUAUAGCACUUGGUUGUGAAAGUGGAGCAAUUUAUUUUUUUGUAUCAAAUGAUUUAAUUAAAGAAAAUAAAUGGCUUGAUUUAAUAAAUAGUCAACGACCUGAUAAAGAUAUUCAUGAAACAUUUCAUCGUGAAUUAGAUAAAGAACAAGAUAAAUUUGGUGUUGUUGCUGAAUUUCUUGGUCGAAGACUUUUUGAUAAAGAAUAG